GAAUAUAAUAAAUAUAAUAAUAUAUAUAUAUAUAUGAACAUUUGGAGAGUGUUCAUAGUCUAUCUCCGACCUCGUCGUCUGUUUCAAUUCUAGGAAUUGAGUGUAAGAGUGUAAGAGAGAUCGUGGACGACAACAAUGGAGCUUUUCUUCUACUUGGUUUUCGGUUCUCUCGCGGCCGUAGUCGUCAUCUUUGAGGUCAGCAAGAGCAAUAAAGAUCGAGCCAAUACAUCUCAGGCCUUCAAUUCCUUCAAAAACAAUUACCUCGUUGUCUAUUCUCUCAUGAUGGCUGGAGACUGGUUGCAGGGGCCAUAUGUAUACUUCCUCUACAGCCAGUACGGCUAUGGAAAAGGGGAGAUUGGACAGCUAUUUAUAGCAGGGUUUGGAUCAUCCAUGUUGUUUGGUACCAUUGUUGGCUCUUUAGCUGAUAAACAGGGCCGAAAGAGAGCUUGUGUGACUUACUGCAUAACUUACAUCUUAAGCUGCAUUACCAAACACUCUCCUCAAUACAAGGUUCUUUUGCUGGGCCGUAUUCUUGGUGGUAUUGCCACUUCUUUGCUCUUUUCUGCAUUCGAAUCUUGGCUAGUGGCCGAACACUUUAAGAGAGGGUUUGAUCAACAAUGGCUAUCAUUAACAUUUUCAAAGGCAAUUUUUCUGGGGAAUGGUCUACUUGCUAUUGUCUCUGGGUUGUUUGGAAACUUUUUAGUUGACGCAAUGAAUCUAGGGCCAGUGGCGCCUUUCGAUGCUGCUGCUUGCUUUCUAGCUGUUGGGAUGGCCAUUAUCUUAUCUUCAUGGAGUGAGAACUUUGGGGACCCUUCUGAGAACAAGGACUUGCUUCAACAGUUCAAGGGCGCUGCAAAGACAAUAGCUUCAGAUGAGAAGAUUGCACUAUUGGGCGCCAUACAGUCCCUUUUCGAAGGGUCAAUGUAUACAUUUGUUUUCUUGUGGACUCCAGCUUUAAGCCCAAACGAUGAAGAGAUUCCGCAUGGCUUUAUCUUUGCAACCUUCAUGUUAUCAUCCAUGUUGGGAAGCUCAAUUGCAUCUCACCUCAUGGCCAAUGCGUCCAUUAGAGUCGAGAAAUACAUGCAGCUGGUAUUCGUCAUUUCCGCCGGUGCUCUCUUGCUGCCUGUUCUUACAUAUUACUUUGUAAGUCCUUUGGCUGCCGGGGAAGGAGGCGGAGGCAUCUCAAUUGCAGGUUGUAUCCAACUUCUUGGAUUCUGUACUUUUGAAGGAUGUGUAGGGAUAUUCUGGCCCUCCAUCAUGAAGAUGAGGUCCCAGUAUAUUCCAGAGGAAGCCAGAAGUACCAUAAUGAAUUUUUUCCGAAUUCCUCUAAACUUGUUCGUGUGUAUUAUCCUAUACAAUGUCAACGCUUUCCCGAUCAUGAUCAUGUUUGGUAUGUGCUCGCUCUUCCUUUUGGUGGCAUCGCUCUUGCAAAGACGACUAUUGGUCAUUGCUGAGAAAACAAAGACUGAAGAAGACUGGACUCCAUUAAAAGAGAAGGUUACUGAGAUGGAAGCAUUGACUGUGUGAAGGAUAAAAAGCCGAAAAAAACUUGAAUGAGGUGAAUGAAAGAAACAAAACUGUUUUGUUGCCCUACUUGUUAAUGGAAGGAGAGAAGCAACAAAAUCAAGAAUUCUGGCUAAGCAAGAUUUAGAUAUCUCUUUUGGCUAUAAAUGAUACUAAAUUAUUCAUUUUUUGUAAUAUUUUCCAUUUAACUUCUUGUUGUUUCUUGAAGAUAAUACCAACUAAACUGAGUAUAUUUGCUCU